AAUUGGAAAUAUUAAAGAUUAAUGAUUCUUAUUACAUGUAAAGAUCGUCGAAAGAUGAAUCGUUUAUUAUUCUCUCUUCUUGUUCUAUCCUUUUCGUUUGUUUCGGAAGGCGGAACGAUUUCUUUACAGGUAAAAAGUUUCCAUUAUGGAACUUUAGCAUUAUGCGAUGCAAAUCUAUCAGAUUAUGCGAAUGAAUAUAUCUGGAAAUGUGUCAUGACUUACUUCGAACCUUUACAACCUUUCUUCGAAUGCAUUGAUACUGUGGGAGCAGCAACAUUGAAAGACUACUUAACAAGGUUUUGUAAUGCGAAUGGACAUUUACCAAGUGGGUUUUAUUUCUGCAUGAUGAACAAAUCUACAACACAACAUAUGUGGAAUAGUAAUGCCGAGGUAGGCCUUUUUAAAUAUUGCUUGAAAAAAUACCAACUUGAAGAAGAGGAGGAGGAAGAAGAAGACUGGUCAAUUGAUUGAGGAAUGACAUUUCAAAUUGGCUUUAUACAAAGUUUUGUAAUCAAUUGGAAAAUA